UCCAGAGACCCUAUCGUCUACAACUAGCCAGCCAACCAAGGAACGGAUGCGUCUGCUCGCAUCGCAUGCCAUCCCCCGCUCUCUGCGCCUCCUUCGCCGCGCGACUGCGACUGCGACUGCUCCUGCACCAGCCGUCCACGGCGGCGACCACCCCGUCUGCGCUCUUCCUCCGCGCAGCCGCUGCUUCUGCCACCCUCGCGCCCGCGAAGCAGAGGUCGUUCUCGACGACGGCGACGACAGGCAUGGGGGCGGCCGCGGGAGCGACGGCGUCCGCGCAGCCGGCGGCGGGCGGGGGCGUGUCGGAGCGCAUCAUGCCGCACCUCCUCAACAUAUACGGAUCGUGCGCCACGGCACAAGACUUCGAGAUGUACGCGCCCAAUGCCACAUUUGAGGACCCGCUCAUGCGCGCCCACGGCGUCAAGCAGAUCAAAUCAGCCUUCUACACCAUGCCUAAGGUAUUCGGUGAGUCCAAGAUCGUAGAGUACACGAUAAAGGAAAACGCGACCGGACCGGGGAAAUCCCAGAUACUGAUCGACAACAAGCAACACUACAAGGUCUUUGGCAAGGAUGUCGACCUGGAGUCCCUCAUCACGCUCGACGUCGAGGAUGGCAAGGUCGUCAGGCACCAGGACUGGUGGGACAAGAAGCCUCUCAAGAACAGGGAGACGGUGAGCUUCCCGCUGUUGGGACGGCUGGCGCAGACGAGCCGCCGGGGAGCCAUGCUGCUCACUCAUGUUCUCAUGGGCUUCGGCAAGGACCCCACCCCGUGAUUUAGUCGCUAUGAUUUGGUUUCAUUCUACUCCGAAUACUCCUAUCUAGGUGGUUGGAGGUUUUGGGAUACAUUUCCAUAGACAAAAAACCAAAAGUAAAAUUAGAGAUAUUGUGUACUCCAAAAUUAUUGUAACUAGAUGAUUCCCCGCGCGUUGCUGCGGAAAUGUAUGGUCAAAAAAUAAAUAGUGAUGAUUAUGUAAAAUGAUAAUUUUCAUGGUCAGAUUACUCUUUCGGUUA